CACCGCCCCCGCCCCGGCUCCCUCCGCAUCCCGGCUCCGUCCCGCCGCUGCUCCGCGCCGCGCCGAGGCACCACGAUGGCUGUUCUCUCCAAGGAGUAUGGGUAUGUCAUUCUGACUGGGGCUGCCAGCUUUGUCAUGGUCACACACCUCGCCAUCAACGUGAGCAAUGCCCGCAAGAGGUACCGUGUGGAGUACCCAACCAUGUACAGCACGGACCCUGAAAACGGGCAGAUGUUCAACUGCAUCCAGCGUGCGCACCAGAACACAUUGGAAAGUUACCCUGCCUUCCUGUUCUUUUUAGGCACUGGUGGAGUCUACCACCCGAGAGUGGCCACAGGGCUUGGCAUGACCUGGAUCCUUGGGAGGCUCAUCUAUGCCUAUGGCUACUACACGGGAGAACCCAAAAACCGAAGGAGAGGGGCCUUUGCUUCCGUGGCACUCCUUGGGCUGGUGGGCACAGCUGUCUAUGCAGCCUACGAGCAGCUGGGCUGCCAGCUCAUCUGCAGAGGCUAAAGGGACUUUUCUUCUGUUUUCUUUUACAACACUUGGCUUCCUGCGGUUUUUUUUCCUUUUCUUUCUCAAUAAAAGGAAGUUGUCCAUUCUGUAUUUUCA